GAAAAAAAAAAAACUCAAUUUGGAAGAAAAGCAGAAGUGUGAGAAGACGAUCUAGAUUCUGGAUACAGCUGGAAGAGAAUUAUAAGAAAAACAAAAUCUUCGAACGAAGAUCGAAUUGCUUCGAGUCUCUGAGGAAAGAAGAAAUUAUGGGACGUGUGGAUUAUCUAGCGAUGAAGACCGACGACGUCGAUACGGUGGCGGCGUUAGUCAAUUCCGACAUGGAAGAGCUCAAGGUCGCUGCAAAGAAACUCUUUAGCGAUGUUUCGAAGCUUGGUGGAUUAGGCUUCGGUGUUUCUUUUCUCAAAUUCAUCGCUUCUUUCGCUGCCAUCUACUUGUUAAUAUUGGAUCGUACCAAUUGGAAAACCAAGAUGCUUACAUCACUCUUAAUACCAUACAUCUUCCUUAGCCUUCCUAGUGUCAUUUUUAACUUUCUCAGUGGAGAAGUUGGGAAAUGGAUUGCUUUCGUUGCAGUUGUACUCAGACUUUUCUUCCCUAAGCAUUUCCCAGAUUGGCUUGAGAUGCCGGGUUCUCUAAUCCUUCUACUGGUAGUUGCUCCACACUUCCUAGCUCACCAUAUACGUGGAACCUGGAUUGGCACUGUAAUCAGCCUUUUCAUUGGCUGUUACCUUCUUCAAGAACAUAUCCGAGCAUCGGGUGGGUUCAGGAAUUCAUUCACACAGCCCCGUGGAGUGUCAAACACUUUAGGGAUCAUCCUUCUUUUGGUCUACCCUGUUUGGGCUCUAAUCGUCCGUGUCAUGUAAUCCACAUUCCUAUUCCAUUCUCCAAGUUGUUUCUAGCUCGGCUGCUUCAAUAAACUGCGUGAAACAUCGAGAGCUGAGCAAGAAUCUGUGGUGUUCCUUUCUUCUGAUUAUGUUGCAUACCCAAAUACUACCUCAUGCUCAAUCAAUGUUCUAUAUAUAAAAGAAUCUCAUUUUUCAAAUAUUUGUUUGUCCUACUGUAUGAAAAAAGUUCUGAAAUAUGUUUCUAUGUAAAUUGCUUAUGGAUUCGUAUAUGCAGUCGUGGAAUGUUUGUCGUU